AAUAAUAAUAAUAAAUAAUAAUAAUAUAAUAAGAAAAUAUAGUUUUCCUUCUCUUCUUCUUCUACAAAAUAUAUUUGCCUUUAUAUUUAAAUCCAAAACACCAUUAAUCUGCUGCAAUUGUUUUCAACGUUUUUGCAAUUACAUUGUUUGAUCCCAUUCUCUUAACUCUCUCUCUCUCUCUCUCUCCCUCUCUCUCUCAAUUCUUGCAAUGGAAUAACUGCAGCAAAGCAUAGUUCUUUACACAUUGGAUUGGUUUCUGAUUGAAGUAGUUGCCAAGAGAAAGAUAUUAGCUCAUGAAUUUUCAGUGAUUUAGAUGUUGCCAAUUAAUUGCAGCUUUUAGAGGCUGCGCCUAAGCAUGUUGAUAGAUUUUUGGUGGACUUUUAAUCAUUCCCACAGUGAAUACUGCGAUGAUAUUUUGUAUUUUAUGCUACCAUUGAGUACUAAUGUAUUUUUACAAGCGAAUGAGGAACACUGUUAUAACAGUAUUGAAACCGCUAUUUGGACUUUAGAAGUCCAUUGAGAAUUUGAUUGACAGAUUCCCUAAACCCAACAAUGGAAAGAUAUAAAAUUACAAAAGAACUUGGAGAUGGAACUUGUGGUAGUGUAUAUGAGGCUAUUUGUCUGGAGACAUAUGAAAUUGUUGCAGUGAAGAAGAUGAAGAGAAAGUUUUAUUUCUGGGACGAGUGCAUUAAUCUGCGGGAAGUUAAGGCCCUCCGCAAAUUGAACCAUCCUAACAUAAUAAAGUUGAAGGAGAUAGUCAGAGAAAAUAACGAGCUAUUCUUUAUUUUUGAAUACAUGGAACUUAAUUUGUACCAAAUAAUGAGAGACCGUCAAAGACCUUUUACAGAGGCAGAGAUAAAACAUUUGAUGCAUCAGUUGCUGCAGGGACUUGCACACAUGCACAGAAAUGGAUAUUUUCAUCGGGAUUUAAAGCCUGAGAAUUUGCUGGUGACGGGCAACUUGAUCAAAAUUGCUGACUUUGGACUGGCUAGGGAAGUAGCAUCAUCACCGCCGUAUACUGAUUAUGUUUCUACGCGGUGGUAUCGAGCACCAGAGGUCUUGUUGCAAUCUUUAUCAUACACUCCUUCAAUUGACAUGUGGGCAGUUGGUGCAAUUCUCGCUGAACUUUUCACUUUGAGCCCAAUUUUACCUGGCGAAAGUGAAAUGGACCAAUUAUACAAAAUAUGCUGCUUACUUGGUACACCAGAUUGGACUGCCUUUCCUGAUUGUAGGAAUACUGUGGGAUUGGUCAAUGUUUGUUAUUCAGAGAUUAUGCCUGCAAAUCUAUCAGACAUUAUUCCAAAUGCAAGUUCGGAAGCUAUUGACUUGAUAAAGCAACUUUGUUCAUGGAACCCACAAAGUAGGCCAACUGCAGAACAAUGCUUACAGCAUCCCUUUUUCACGGUUCACAUGUAUAUUCCUCGUCCAUUUGGUGAUCCACUGCAGCUGAAGCUAAAUAACAUAGAUGACAAGCCGAAUCUUGAGUUGAGCCUUGGGGGCUUUGGCAAGAAGACGGAGGAAAAUUUUCUUGGUCUAACCCUGGGUGUAAAUUCAAGCGCUUCAGACUAUGAGCUAGUCCAGAAAGCUCAAACAUCAGGCGAGGGUGUUCUAAUUUGCCCUGCUUUAAUCAAUAAACAACCAAACUCAGUUUAUUGGUCUCUGCUUCCUGAUGCUCCCCAUAGAGUCUCUGCCCCAGUGGAGUCUUUAUCAUUAUCUUUCAGCACUAUUCCACAAUCAACAAUCGGAGUACCCCCAUCAGCUGGAUUUUCGGUGGCUCCUUUGCAACCUAACAUCUUAGAUCAUCCAUUUUUGGCUAUGUCCUGCCCGUUACAGCAGGGGCAUUGCCUUCGAGGAAGUGAACUAGCUCCUGCAGCCCUAGGGUGGGUUGACCAACUACGGAGCGAUGAGUUUUUAAAGAUUUUGUAAUUAUUUCAUCUGAUCAUCUCUAAUUAAGGUGCCCACAAAGUAACCAUAAAUUUUCCUGUAAAUGCAUUUCUGACACCUUGGCUACCCUGGAAAGUAUAAUAUGUUCAUUCUUACAGUUACACAAAAGACAUAAACAUGUUCUUUAGUUGUCCUGGAGAAUAAUGUACAGUUCAUUUCAUAUGAAUCACAGAGGCUGCAUUUUCUGUC